AUGAUAGAAGUCAUAAUACUGAAGAUUGAAAAUCCAGAUUGCUUUUGGGUCUACAUAAUUGACAGAAAAUUUGUAGACAAUGAAAUGGAAUAUGAAACACUUCAGACUGAAAUGAAUCAAUUCUAUAACAAACAUUAUCGAUGUGUGGAUGCCAAGCCCUUUGCACUAGAAGAGGGACAGGUUUGUGCUGUUUACUGUGAGGAACUGAAAUCUUGGUGCAGAGCUGUUGUUAAUUCAAUCAUAUCGUAUACGGAUUAUUACAUUGCAGAAUGUUUCCUUGUGGACUAUGCCAAAACUGUUCCUGUGAACACUAAAAAGAUCUGUGUGGUCGUAAAAUCGUUUAUGAGACUGCCUUAUAGAGCUACAAAGUUUAGGUUGUACUGCGUCAAACCACUUACACUACGUGUCAACUAUAACAAUGACAAUGCAGAGAUAGUGCCUGCUAACACAUGGGAUGUUGCAGCUAUCCAGUAUUUCCAAAACCUCCUGAAUGCAGCCACUCAAGUGGAGGCCAAGUUAUGUGCUGUUGAAGAGGAUAAUUUUGCUGUCUAUCUUUAUGUCACAAUAAGUGAUGAAAAGGUGUGUGUGAACGAUGAUCUUGUUGCAAAGAACUUUGCUUACUAUGAACUCAGUAAAACAAACCAGAAACGAGGUUCAGAAGGAGCCAAAUGUCUUUCAGAGGAGAAGAAUCCUGUAAUGCUGCUGUGGCCAACGUUACUGCAAGAAUCUAAGGUUUCUGAAAUGGGUGCUGCUCCUAUUUGUGAUAAUUCUGAGAAAGCAGAGUUUACACAUUUCCCAGAAACUAACUUACAUAAAACAAAACAGCCUGAUAUAAUGGUACCUGUUUCCACUUUGAAGCAAGGAAUAACUUUUUCUGUGCCAACAGACAUGCAAACAGACAGCAACUUGCCUAACACAAGUACCAAAAUCCAGGAAGAGGAGAACGAUCUCCACGAAAAGAACCUCGGGGUGAAGCUUCUGCAGUUUUUAAACCCUGAUCCUCUCAAAAUUGCCACCGGACAAGAAACUGAGGAGCCUAAGCUGAAUAUCACUACAUGUCUUCCUGUUGUGCUCAGUAAUAAAAUUGAACCGUGUUUAUCUCUUGAAACCGCACCACUGUUUCCAGCUUUAAAAAAGCCAGUAGCAUUAAUCAUAUGCUCUGGCCAGAAGAAAGCAGAACUGGUAUUUGAGCUCCUGAAAAUGUACAGCUAUUGCUCGAGGCCUCUCCACCCAAUGUUGCUUUUCCUGGGAAUGAAUAAGGAAGAAAUCAAGAGUCUAAGAAUUCCAAGAGGAUGUGAAAUCCUGGUAACAACCCCACCUAGCUUUUUGCGGCUGCUCGAGCAUCAUAGUUUACUCUUGCUUAGGUUGUGUCACCUGGUGUUUGAUGAGGUUGAUGUAUUGUUCUCUGAUGCAAAGGAGCAGAUACUUGCUAUUUUACAAUACUACAAAUCUAACUUGAGCGUUGAAGAAAAGGAGUUUGCACCUCAGCAAAUCGUUGCUGUUGGAAACCACUGGGACAAAAACGUAGAGGUUUUAACAAAAGAAUUCAUGAGUGAUCCAUAUAUUGUAAUCACCUCCAUGGAAGAAGCUGCCAUAUAUGGGAAAGUGCAACAGGUUGUACAGCUCUGCCUUGAGUGUGACCGGAUCUCUACUUUACUUCAAACGUUAGAUUUUACCCCUACCGAUGCUCAAAAGACUAUGAUUUUUACAAGUUCUCUGGAAGAAAGAGACAUGGUAUACAAGGCAGUAGAAAGCAUUUCACUCUUUUGCUUGAAAAUGAACCCGGGAAUUGGAUUUCAUUCUGAUUAUAUUGUAGAGCAGUGGAACAAAACCAUCAGCCCUGGAACCCAUGUUGUAUUGGUUUUAACAGAUGACUGCACGACAGCUGUAAAAUUUACAGACGCAACCCGUGUCAUUCAUUUCAGCUUUCCGCCAACUCCAAGAAUCUUUGGUGCCCGCCUUCAUGGCCUGUCCGCCAACUUCCAGAAUUCAGUAGAAAAGGGCCCAUCACUGGGAAAAGAACAGAGCAAAGCCAAAUCCAUCUUGCUGUUGACAGAGAAAAAUGCCUGCCAUGCAGUUGGAGUGUUGCAUUAUUUGAAACGGGCAGAAGCCUUCAUCCCCUCUGACUUGUACAACUUUACCAGGGGAGUGUUGGAAGCCAAAGAGGAAAAGAGAAGCAGGCAGCCAAUGUGUUCUUCCAUUAAGUCCUACGGAACAUGCAAAAAUAAAAAACGCUGUCCAGAUCGCCAUCGCAUUAACCUUCAAAUCGAUGUGCCCUCAAAAGCAGUUGACGAAGCUCUGCAAACAGGUGGAAUUAUAACAAUACUGCCCCUCUUUAUUGUGGAUGCCACAAACUACUUAGGCCGUGUGGUAGGGAAAUGGGGUAAUCCCUACACAAAUCUUGAGACAGAGCUAAAGGAUUAUUAUCAGGAAUCAAAUAAUUGUACCCCGGUUGACAAGGUGGAGAAACUGGCAGUGUAUGGACUGCGGGAAGAAAAUUAUUUCCACAGGGUCCAAGCACUGGACAUGGAACAAAAAGAAGAUCCCGGCGUGUUUUACAACGUCCACAUCAAGUACAUAGAUGAAGGAAGAACCGGCUCUGUUCAAAACCAUCAUUUGCUUAGUUUACUGGAACGCUUUCAAACGCUGCCUCCUCAGGCUGUGGAAUUCAUCGUUUGUAGGGUUAAACCCAUUGAUAAUGAAGCAGAAUGGCAUCCAAAAGUAUCUAGAUACAUUAAUGACAAAAUCAGAGGGAAACCGCAUGAAGCAAAAAUAGCACUUAUCCUGGGAAAUACAAUUUGGGUAGAUCCAGUGAUUCGAGUUACUAAACUUCAAGACCUGAAAACUUCAAUCAACGAAUACAAUAUUCGCUCUGAAAUCCUAUCUACUGGAUUGGGAGUAGACAACCCUGAGCAUAUACAGGAACUUGAGAAAUUAUUUAAUGAGACUGAAAUACCCCAUGAGAAAAAAGAGGCACCUACAUUACCGCCUCCCCCCACGGAUGGAAGAAAGGAGAAGGUUGAACCUGUUGAGCAGAAUGGGUCCAAUCCUGCAACUCUUAGCUCAGAGGCCUCAGAUAAAGAGGCCCCGCCCGUUGUACAGAAAUUGCAGCACGGCCAAGAUAUCAUUCAUGAUGGUUAUUCUCAAGUAUCUUUAGAAAAUCAUUGUAAUGAAACAGUGCAAAAUAAGAACAACGAAGACGAUCCACAGACUUCGCCUAAAUGCUUCCAUCCAACAAUUAAAUGGUUUGACAAGCAGGACGCUGUUGUCGUGAAGAUAAAAUUGCAAAACAUCAGUAAUUACGACUGCAGGAUUUUUGAACAGCGGAUCACUUUCAGCGCUUCGGCAAAUGGCAAGUCUUAUUUGGCCGAUAUGGAGCUGCAGACGAGCAUCCUAAGAGAGAAAUCAACCUGCGUGCUUAAGGGCAACGAACCUACCCUGCUCCUUGUAAAAGUGAAGAAGGAACCUUGGGGCAACUUACUAAAAGAGAAAAACCAUCAUGUGUCUUUUGACUUUGAUUACUUGGAUGAUAAUGAGGAAAGAAGCCCGUUCCGUGUAGGUAAGCAGUUCACUGUUUUAUCUCCUGUAUCUUCACAUCUAAAGGGGUUGGAAUCACUUCUGUACUUUCUGCAAACUGUUCAGGGGAGAAGACAUGUAUCCACAUUCAUUUACUACACUGGAGAUGGAGAUACAGAUAGUCCUCGUCUUAUGACCACAAUUGAGCCCAAAAUUUAUGUUGCUAAGCAAGGAUCAAGUCCUAAGAAAGUGUAUCAGAUUCCUAUAGGGGUAUGUGACGAAGAAAAAGAGGAGGACGACGAAUCUUCAAAAGAUAGUGAUUCAGAGAGUGAUUCAUCCUCUUGUUAA